AUGAGCUGGGCUGUGGAAGAAUGGAAGGAGGGCCUGCCUACCAGAGCGCUGCAGAAGAUCCAGGAGCUGGAGGGGCAGCUGGACAAGCUCAAGAAGGAGAAGCAGCAGCGGCAGUUUCAGCUCGACACGCUGGAGGCCGCGCUGCAGAAGCAGAAGCAGAAGGUUGAAACAGAAAAAACCGAGGGCGCAAACCUAAAGAGGGAAAAUCAAAGACUGAUGGAAAUAUGCGAAAAUUUGGAGAAAAGUAAGCAGAGGAUUUCUCAUGACCUGCAAGUCAAGGAGUCGCAAGUAAAUUUCCAGGAGGGGCAGCUGAGCUCAGGCAGAAAGCAAAUAGAAAAAUUGGAGCAAGAACUUAAAAGGUGUAAAGCGGAACGUGAAAGGAGCCAGCAAGCCGCGCAGACUGCAGAGGUCUCCCUGAGUGCCUGCAGCACACCACAAAGAAUUUCUGCCACUCCGCUAACACCAAGUCAAUAUUACAGCGCCACCAUGAAUCACCGUGACAUCGCCCGGCACCAGGCUUCCUCGUCUGUGUUCGCGUGGCAGCAGGACCAGACCCCGCAUCGGCUUUCAUCUUAUCCUCAGAAAACUCCGAGCCGGAGAGACUUCUCUACCUCUCACAUAUUUGGGGAAGAAGAGGCGACUCCUGGUAGAUCCACUGUGCAGACGGGGAACAGGGACGCCGCUAGCAGUUGUGGUGAGCGUUCCAGUGGCUCUCCUCUGGUGGAUCACUUGAAAGGCCAGAAUCAAGAGCUAAGAAUUAAGGUGAAUGAGCUGGAGCUCCGCCUGCGAGGACAAGAGAAAGAAACGAAGGGUCAGAUGCACAGAUACCAAGAGCUGCAGCUCCAGCUGGAGAAAGCAAAAGCGGAAUUAAUUGAAAAAGACAAAGUUUUGAACAAAAAUAGGGAUGAACUGGUGAGAACGACUGCGCAGUAUGACCAGGCAGCAACUAAGUGUUCAGUGCUGGAACAGAAGCUGAAGAAGCUGACAGAGGAUUUGAUUUGCCAGCGGCAAAACGCGGAGAGCGCCAGAUGUUCCCUGGAGCAGAGGGUCAAGGAGAAGGAGAAAGAGCUUCAGGAGGAGCUCUCCCGGCAGCAGAGGGCCUUCCAGAUGCUGGAGCAGGAGAGUGCACAGGCGAAAGCCAGGCUUACCCAGGAGCUGCAGCAGGCCAGAAAUGCGCUUCGGGGCCCGGAGGCCGAGCUGGACCGAAUGACAUCAGUGAAGCAACAGUUAGAAAAAAAUUUGGAAGAAUUUAAGCAAAAGUUCAGCAGAAUGGAACAGGCUUCUAAGGAGCGGCAGGUGGAGGAAGAGGCACUGAGGAGGGCCAGCCAGGAAAUGGAGAAGGAGAACUGCUUCCUUCGGAGCCAGUCUGAACAAAGGGCCAGAGAAGUCGGCCACCUGGAGGAGGAGCUCCGGAAGGUCCGGGCGUGUUUGAGUCAGAGUCAGAACUUCGCGGAAGAAAUGAAAGCUAAGAACACCUCUCAGGAAACCAUAUUAAGAGAGCUUCAAGAAAAAAUAAACCAGCAAGAAAACUCCUUGACUUUAGAGAAACUGAAACUCACCUUGGCUGAUCUGGAAAAGCAGCGAGAUUGUUCCCAAGAUCUUUUGAAGAAGAGGGAACAUCACAUCGAGCAACUGAACGAGAAGUUAAGUAAGGUAGAGAAAGAGUCCCAAGCUUUACUGAGUGCCUUGGAGUCCACAAAGAAAGAAUAUGAGGCAUUGAAUGAGGAGAAGACUCAGUUUUCCCAUUGGAAAAGUGAGAGCGAGAAACUUCUCCAUCAGAUGGAAUCGGACAAGGAAAGCUUGCAGAAUAAAGUCAAUCACUUAGAAACAUGCCUCAAGACGCAACAGAUAAAAAGCCAGGAGUAUAAUGAGAGGGUCAGGACCCUGGAGAUGGAAAGGGACAACCUCAGUGUGGAGAUGAGGAACCUGCGCAACAUGGUUGACAGCAAGACGAGGGAGGUCGAGACGCAGAGGCAGGCCUGUGGAGAGCUGCAGCAGCAGGCCGAACUCUCGGAGCAGAAGCACAAGAAGGAAGUGGAGAAUCUGAGCCUCAAGACCUCUCAGCUUACGGAGCAGGUUGGAGACCUGGAGCGGAAGCUGCAGGCGCUGUCCAGUGAGCUCGUGGACAAGGGCCAGCACUACCAAGACUUGCAGGCUGAGUGUGAGAACCUCAGAGACCUGCUGAAAUCCAGAGACGCUUCUCUGCCACACAAGGGCCCGCAGUGCGGCAGUCCGGCUUUUGAGCAGCAGUCUGCACUGAAUCCCUCCUUUGGAAGUGCAGUGGGAGAACAAGGAACAAGAACAAGUGUGUUAGAAAGGAGCCAGUGUCUUUUAGACGUAGACCCAAGUCCAGAAAGUUCAGCCGUCCUACAAAAUAGAGUUGUCUUGCUCCAGUUUUCCUUAGAGUCUCAGAAGCAGAUGAACUCCGAGCUGCAGAAGCAGUGUGAAGAGCUGGUGCACAUCAAAGGGGACAUAGAAGAAAAUCUCAUUAAAGCAGAGCAGAUGCAUGAAAGCUUCGUGGCCGAGACAAGUCAGCGCAUUUGCAAGUUACAGGAGGACACUUCCAUUCACCAAAACGUCGUUGCAGAGACUUUGGUUACCCUUGAGCACAAGGAAAAAGAGUUGGAACUCUGGAAGGCAAGAUUAGAAGCUGAGCAAGCAGAGAUCCACGAAUUGAAAAGGAGCAACCAGCUCCUCGAGGCCUCUCUAAAGGAGCAACAGCUUUUGUCUGAAACCCUGAGUUCGGAGAAAAAGGAGAUGAGUUCCAUUAUUUCUCUAAGUAAAAAAGAAAUGGAAGAGCUUGCCAGAGAGAACGGGACUCUCAAAGAGACGAAUGAAAUCUUAAACCAAGAGAAAAAGAGCUUACUCCAAAAAAAUGUGGAAUUUUCAAACUGUAUAGAGGAGCGGGAGCAGAGCAUUUCACAGCUGUCUGAUCAAUACAAGCAAGAAAGGCUUAUUUUACUACAGAGGUGUGAGGAGACCGGAAGUGCAUUUGAGGAUCUCAGUGAGAAAUACCAAGCAGCCCAGGAAAAGGCCUUGAGGUUAGAAUGUUUGCUACACGAAUGCACCGGUACUUGUGAAAGUAGGAAAAAUGAACUGGAGCAGCUAAAGGAAACAUUUGCAAGACAGCAGCAGGAGGUCGUAGGGAAAUUAGCUUUGGCGGAAGAACAGAAAGAGAAGCUCCUACUAGAGUUUGGGGUAGCGCGGCAAGCUCUGGAAUCUGAGAUUAGGGACCUCCACAGCAGUUCCAAGAGUGAGGCUGAUGGCUUAAAGCAAGAAAUCAUGACUUUAAAGGAAGAACAAAAUAAGAUGCAAAAGGAAGUUAAUGACCUGUUACAAGAGAAUGAACAACUGAAGUUAAAGACUGGACGUGAGGGUCAGCAGGUCGAGUUGGAACCAGUUAGAGACUCUGUGAAAGAAAGAGACGUUGAGAUAAAUAUGUGUACUGUCCAGCUUCAGAUGGAUCUUGGAGCCGGAGACAUCGCCCCAAACCACCACAGUGCACAGCUGGUCCAACUAGAAGCCUUGGUGAGAAAUAUGGAAUUAAAACUUCAGGAAAGCGAGAAGGAGAAAGACCGCCUGAAGCAGGAGUUACAGACACGUAGAGGAGCCUUAGGAGCUGGAGAUGUGCAAGAGUGUUUGUCACAGGAAAUGAGGGACCUUACGGGCUGCGAAGUGGACGCAGAAGGGAAGCACAGCUCAGCGCUUUGGGAGCUGUCCCCAAGGCAGGACGACAGUACACACGUGCAGUGUUCCCUCCAGGCGGCCUUGAGCAAGCUGGGCGAGCUGGAGAAGGUGUGUGAGUCACUGCAGGUGGAGAAGCUGCAGCUGGUGUCGGAGCUGAACAGCUCCAGGUCAGAGUGUGUCACUGCGGCUACUAGAAUAGCAGGAGAGGUAGAGAAGCUUGUGAGUGAAAUGAGAAUGCUGAAGGAUGAAAACGGCCUUCCCCAAAGCGAGUCUGGGGGAGAAAUGCUGGCCAGCGAAUUUGCUGGGCAGCAAAGUGAGCAGGCACCUGUGUCCUUGAAUGCUCUGGAUGAUAGCAGUUCUUAUGAGCAGUUGUCCUUGUCCGGCAAAGAGGUUCAAGCGCACUUUGCCGAGCUACAGGAGAAAUUCUCCUCCUUACGAGGGGAGCACAAGAUACUACACGAUCAGCACUGUCUGAUGAACGCCAAGAUGUUGGAGCUACAGUCCUACGUUGACGGGCUGAAGGCUGAAAAUUCAGCCUUGUCAGUCAAUCUCAGAAGCCUGCAGGGCGACUUGGCAAAGGAGAUGCAGCCGGAGGGAGCUGUUCUGUCACAGUCCUUCUCUUGUGUGUCCGGCAGCCCGAGUGUGGCGAGUUUAGGAGAGGCCUCUUUUUAUCAAGAUGUUUUAGAACAGACUGGAGACACGUCUCUUUUGAAUAAUUUAGGGGACAGUGUUUUAGCAAACUCCAGCCUGGAGGAGGUGCCUCUGUCCACAAAAGCAGCCCCAGCCACCCCGAAGAAGAGUGUUGAAGAACUCGAGACCCUCUGCCAGGGGUACUUGCAGUCGCUCAAGAAUCUGGAGGAGAAAAUGGAGAGCCAAGCGGUGAUGAAAGAUAAGGAAAUUCAAGAGCUGGAGCAGCUGUUAAGCUGUGAAAGGACAGAGCUGGACCGCCUUAGGAAGCAGUACUUGUCCCAGAACGAGGAGUGGCAGCAGAAGCUCACGAGCGUGACUCUGGAGAUGGAGUCGAGGCUGGCGGCAGAGAAGCAGCAGACGGAGCACCUGUCGCUUGAGCUGGAGGUGGCAAGGCUGCAGCUGCAGGGCCUGGAGCUGAGCUCUCGGUCGCUGCUUGGAGCUGACCUAGAAGAGGCUAUUCAGGACCAAAAUGAUAGCUGUGACUUCAAAGAACCAGAAGUUACUGAAAAAACACCAAAACAAGACAAUUACCAGAUUUGUGAAGGGGUCGUGCAGCAGGACCUCAGGGUAGAGACUGGGGACACCACCAAGACCCCACUGGUCACACCAGGAGCUGGGGAAACGCCCCCAGAAACCAGCGAGGAGAUAGUAGCCAGAGACGACAGCCAGGGCUGUGCUGAGCGCUCUCCGGAGGUGUCCUUGAGCGGCCCUCACGCUUUCGCUCCCGUGGAGUUGGUGGAGACCCAGCUCUCCAUCCAGCAUCUCCAGCUGCAGGUCCAAGAGACAGCGAGUGAGAACUUGAGAUUACGUCACGCCAUAGAAGAUCAGGAAAGAAAAGUUGAAAGUUUGCUAAAUGAAAGAAAAGACUUAGACUCAAAACUUGAUUUUCAGGAACUACAACUAAAGACUAAGAUAGAACUGUGCUCACAUUUGGAAAAAAUAGUUGAGGAACUCCAGAAAGAAAAACAUGACUUGCGUGAAAAGCUGGACUCCUUCUCGCAUACCAGCCAGGAAUUCUGCUUGUCAGUAGAAACUUCUCAAGCCCCUAGUUCUAAUUUAGAAAUGGGCACUGAUGAGUCCUCACAGGAAGUUCCUGAGGAGAAUGUGGCGCAGGUUGGUGACAGCUGGAAGGAGCAGUUUCUCCAGGUGGAAAAUGAGCUCAACAGGGUCAAGGCUGAGAACGCUAGAAUGGAACAUCGGACUGCCGCCCUGGAAGCCAACCUAGAGGUGGCUCACACCGAGAAGCUGUGUUUGGAAAAAGAUAAUGAAAAUAAUAAGAAAGUUAUGGCCCGCCUUGAAGAAGAACUCUCUGUCGCCACAAGAGAGAGAAACCGGCUUCACGGGGACUUGGACACAGUGACCAAAGAAAAUGACACGCUGGCGCAGUUGGCUGAGGCCAUGCAGGACAAAGUCCAGGCGCUGGAGGCUGAGGUCAGGGACAAAGCAGCUGUCCUUCAGACGCUGUCCUCGCAGGUGAGUGAGCUGUCAGCAGACAAAGGUGACCUGCAGGAACAGCUGCAGAGGUUGGAAGGGGACCGCCAGGCACUGUCCUCCGCAGCACGGGACCUUGAAAGCCAACUCAGACAACUGGAGGAGGAGAAGGCAUCGCUGAGCAACGAGGCCGAAAGCCUGCAGGUCAAACUAAGUGAGUCGGAACAGGAAAGGCUGACUGAGUCCAGGGCGCUGGAGGUGGUGCGGUUGGAGAGAGACGAGUUUGCUGCACGGCUGGGCUCCACCCAGGAGGAGGUAUGUCAGCUGCGGAAGGGCAUGGAGAAGCUGCGCGUGCGCAUUGAGGCCGAUGAGCAGAAGCAGCGGGACGUGCUGGAGAAGCUGAGGGGGAGCCUGCGCGAGAGCGAUGAGCUGCGGGACAAGGUGGAGGGUCUCCAGCGGGAGCUGCAGGUGUCCGAGGAGAACCAAGAGCUGGUGAUCCUGGAUGCCGAGAGUGCCAAAGCCGAGGUGGAGACCCUGAGAAUGCAGGUGGAGGAGAUGAGUGAAAGCCUGAGAGGGUCCCAAGCAGACCUCGCCACAGUCAGGUCGGAAAAGGGCGAUCUGACCCAGCAGCUGCAGGAGACACGGGGCCAGGUGUCAGAAUUGGAGGCGCAGCUCUCUUCCCUUAGAAGCCUGGUAGAGGAAAAGGAACGAGCGAGAGUACAGUUGCAGGAGGACUCUGAAAGCGCGGUAGAGGCGAUCCAGGCAGAACUGAGAGGGCUGCGGGAGGAGGUGGCAGCCUUGGGUGAGGACCAAGGUGACCUGGAGGAGGCCACGGAACUGAACCUGGGUGCCCCGGGGGAUGAAGUGCCUCGGCUACGGGACAGCAUCGGGAGGCUCAGGACCCGCGUGGGAGCAGAUCGCAAGAGGCAGCUCCGUGUCCUGGAACAGCUGAAGGAAAGCCAGGGCGACGUGGAUUUGCUGAGAGGUCGGGUUGAGAGUCUGGAAAAGGAGCUGGAGCUGACCCGGAGAAACCAAGAGCAGGCGGCUCGUGAGGCUGAGAAGUCUGGAGCCGAGGUGGAGACCCUGAGAGAAGAAAUCCAAGGGCUGGCCGGAACCCUGAGGGACUUGGAAGCUGAUCUUGUUAAUACAAAGUCGGAAAAAGAAAAUCUGACCAAAGGACUGCAAGGGGAGCAAGCACGUGUGGCAGAGUUAGAAACAGUAAACUCUUCCUUGGAAAACCUGUUGCAAGAAAAGGAGCGCCAGAAAGUCCAGCUACAAGAGGAGUCUGAGAUGGCAGUGGAUGCGCUUCAGGCACAGUUAAAAUCACUGAAUGAGAAAAUGACAGCCUUGCACGAGGACCAGGAGGCCUGCAGGACCAAGGAGCAGAGUCUGAGCAGUCGGGUGGAGUCUCUUGAACUGGAGAAGGCUCAGUUGCUCCGGGACCUGGAGGAAGCCAAACUUAAUUACAUUGUUUUGCAAUCUUCAGUGAAUGGCCUCCUGCAGGAAGCAGAAGAUGGCAAGCAGAAGCUAGAGCAGAAGGAGGAGGAGCUCAGUCGGCUGAAGGGUCAGCUUCAAGACCAGGAGCAGCUCACCUCCAAACUGUCCCAGGCGGAGGGGGAGCGGCAGCUCUGGCAGAAGCAGAAAGCGGACCUGGGAACUUUGGCAGGGGAAUUGGAGCAGAAGGUCCAAGAACUGCAGUCCAAGAACGCCACCUUGCAGGAGGCUUUCGAAGCGUUGCAGAAGUCUGGCAAGGAGCUAGAGAGUGAGCUCACGUUGACAAAAAUGGAGAAAAUGUCCUUGGUUGAAAAAGUGAGCACCAUGACUGCAAAGGAGGCUGAGCUACAGGGAGAGAUGCAAGCUAUGGUGCAGAAAGCAACAGAGCUGAAAGAGGAACUGAGUGGAGAGAAACGCAGGCUCACUGAAGAAUUAGACACGCUCUUGGCAGAAGCAAAGAGCAGCAGGGCAGACCACCUGAAAUACGUAGAUCAGCUGAAGAAGGAAAAUGAACGUGCUCAUGGGAAAAUAAAGUUGUUGCUCAAGUCCUGCAAGCAGCUAGAGGAGGAGAAGAAACUGUUGCAGAAAGAGCUGUCUCAGCUGGAAGCGGCCCAGAAGCAAAAACCAGGUGCUGCUGUGGGUGCCAGUGUGGAUGAGCUAAUGACUGAAAUCAGAGAGCUGAAGGAAACUCUUGAAGACAAAGCCAAGGAGGCCGAUGAGUACCUGGAUAAGUACUGCUCCCUGCUCAUCAGCCACGAGAAGUUAGAGAAAGCGAAGGAGAUGUUAGAGACACAGCUCGCUGGCCUGAGUUCGCAGCAGCAGAAGCGUGGGCUGAGCGGGUCUCCUCUGCCAGGCUCAGCCACACCAGGGCCAUCUCCGGGCCCCUCAGGCGGUGAAAGGAAGUCGUCAUCUGGCCAAAGUAAAGGUUCGGGCAAGCGACAGAGGGCCAGCGGGAUUUGGGACAGUGCAGGAGGGCUGACACCUUCUACUCCCGAGACCUUUCCUAAAAGAAGUCGGAAAGCGGUCUCAGGUGGUGGCCUCCUUCUUGCUGGGGAUGAAGAUGAGUUUGAGCCAGAAGGACUUCCCGAAGUUGUAAAGAAAGGCUUUGCUGACAUCCCGACCGGAAAGACCAGCCCCUAUGUCCUGCGGAGGACCACCCUGGCCACCAGGACCAGCCCCCGCCUCGCCGCGCAGAAGUCAGCCCUGUGCCUGCAGAGUGUGGGCAAGGAAAACCUGGCAGAGUCCCCCAAAUCAACAGCUGGUGGCAGCAGAUCGCAAAAGGUCAAGGUCGCUCAACAGAACCCCAUGGGGUUUGCAGAGCCCACCACGAAGCCUGCCUCUGUCAGCCACCUUCCUGGGAGGAGCUCCUCCAGCAGCCCGAGGGACAGCCCCAGAACCAGGGCCAGCCAGCUGGCCCCGAGCCCCGAUGCCAGGCCUGAGCCUGUGAACAGCGAGAACUGUCGGGUCCAGUGAAGAGACCCCCGCCUCAGCAGGACCCUGGGAGGUGACUGGAUGACCUUUCUUUGUCAGGGAGCACUGUUGCAUUCAGGAGCAGACGCUCCUAUGAGCUCAUUAAAUUUUCCCAUGAGUGUCCCACAUGUAGAGGGACAAGUUUGGAAGCACUGAUAACCAGUCCCACAGCAGCCACUACUGUGCUGUAAAUAGUCCUGUGUAACGUUUUGUGGUUGUGUGUUAUGAUUAAAUGGCGGGCACCACAAGUUCUGUUUGUAUGCGGCUUUUGUGCAUUUUACUCUUCCACUCGGCAACUUCUGGGCAAGCGGGAGCUUAUGCUGUAUGAUCUUUCCUGUUGCCGUGCUAGGCAUGAGAGAAUUGUCAAUUGAGAAUUUAUUUGAGCUGAGUGAAAUGAAGCAAAUCAUGUUCUGUGUUUCUAAGCAAGAGCCUGGAGAAAGCUCAGCGGCAUGAUCGCCUGCCUGGCAAGCACGAGGUCCCGAGUUUGAUCCCCAGUACUGCAAAAAA